AUGCUGAGAAAGAGAUUAGUAGAUAAUACUUACAGAGAGAUAGAAGUUAUUAUUACAGAUAUAACAGAAAUAACAGAAAGAGAAGAUGAAGAAACUGCAGAAGUCUGCAGACUUAAUUUAGCAGCAGCUCAAGCAGGGCUCAGAUAUGCUGCAGAAGAGAAACUACAGAUUAAGCUUCUUAAAGUCACUGUCUCUGAAACCAAGCUCUUCUCAGGUUUCUCUUCAAAUGAUUACAUGAGGUUAUACAUCACUGUAUUGACUGAGAGGGAAGGCAGUGUUGCAACAGCAGUGAGAGAGGCAGAAAAUAGACCAGACACAGAUGUAUCAGCUAGCAGAAGAAAUAACAUCUCACUGCAAGAUACAGCAACUACCACCAUGGCUGCAAGAGAAGCAGAAGAAGAUGUGACAAUGAAAGUGAUACUUCUGUGGCUCAUUAACACUGCUGCCUUCAAUCUGGCUUUCUUAACAGUCACAGAGACUGCAGCUGCAUCAUGA